CGCCUCUGGUCACACCGGCAAAGUUGUUCGCAGCAAAAAAAAGAGAGAGAUUUCUCGGAUUAGAUGAGAUACGAACGAAAAUUAUUAGUCAAGUGCCCCCACAGAGAAGCAGCGCCACCAAAUAGCCCAUAGAGAAGUCCACUUCGGUCGGGUCCACUCCACGCCAGUCGAGAGCCAGUGGAGCAGCCAGGGAAUCUGGGAAAUAGAGCAGCAGCAGGAGGAGGAGGAGGAAUUGAAGAGCCACGAAGUGGGAAGUGGGUAGAAGCAGCCAGGUAAUCAGCAGCCAACAUGUCCUGGACGGAGAAAGUGGACCCCGAGCUGAUCUUCACCAAGCAGGAGCGCAUCGGCAAGGGCUCCUUCGGUGAGGUGUUCAAGGGCAUCGACAACCGCACCCAGCAGGUGGUGGCCAUCAAGAUCAUCGACCUGGAGGAGGCCGAGGACGAGAUCGACGACAUCCAGCAGGAGAUCAUGGUGCUGUCGCAGUGCGACUCACCGUACGUGACCAAGUACUAUGGCAGCUUCCUCAAGGGCACCAAGCUGUGGAUCAUCAUGGAGUAUCUGGGCGGCGGAUCCGCCCUGGAUCUGAUGAAGGCCGGCUCCUUUGAGGAGAUGCACAUCGGGAUCAUUCUGCGCGAGGUGCUCAAGGGCCUGGACUACCUGCACUCGGAGCGCAAGCUGCAUCGGGACAUAAAGGCGGCCAAUGUGCUGCUCAGCGAGCAGGGCGACGUCAAGCUGGCGGACUUUGGAGUCGCCGGCCAGUUGACCAACACCACCUCCAAGAGGAACACGUUCGUGGGCACGCCCUUCUGGAUGGCGCCCGAGGUGAUCAAGCAGUCGCAGUACGACGCCAAGGCAGACAUCUGGUCGCUGGGCAUCACGGCCAUAGAGCUGGCCAAGGGCGAGCCGCCCAACUCGGAGCUGCAUCCGAUGCGCGUGCUCUUCCUCAUCCCGAAGAACAAUCCGCCGCAGCUGACGGGCAACUACACCAAGUCGUUCAAGGACUUUGUAGAGGCCUGCCUGAACAAGGACCCGGAGAACAGGCCCACGGCCAAGGAGCUGCUCAAGUACCCGUUCAUCAAGAAGGCCAAGAAGAACGCCUACCUGAUCGACCUGAUCGAUCGCUUCAAGAAGUGGAAGCUCUCCAAGGGCGACGAGAGUGAGACAGAGUCGGAGAACUCCGACUCGGACUCCGAUGCCAAGCAGGGCGGCAGCAGCCAGGACGAGCCCUGGAUCAUGACCGUCAAGGGGCUGCACAUCAACAGUGCUCCGCGGGCGGGCGUCAACAGUUUCCAGCUGCAGGAGCACGAGCUCACCAUGCAGAAGCUGAUGCAGACUACACACUCUCCCGCCGGCGGUGGCGGUAGCGGUGGUGGUGGUGGUGGUCAGGCCCCUCAAGUCGCAUCCGUAUCAGCUUCGUCUGUUUCCGCCGUGGCGGCGUCAGCUUCCUCCGUAUCCGUCAUCACAGCCAACGAGGCUGUCUCAUCCACAUCCACAUCCGCCCUGCCCCCCCAGAAUAGCCACGUCCACAACAACAUCAAUAACAACAAUAACAUCAGCAACUUGAGCAACAAGCACGCCACCACGACCAUGCUGAAUGCAACUCCGUCGCCGAGCAGCGUCACCAGCUCCUCGUCGGCCAAUGAACUGCAGCAGAAGCGUUCCAGCUCCAAGCCGGAGCUGCGCCAGUCGCGCUCCGCCGCCCCCCUGGAUCAGGUGGAGGAUCGCCGCGCCUCCUUGGGCCUGCCCCUGCAGGCCACAGUUUCGACUACAUCGUUGGCUGAGCAGCAGCAGCGUCGCAGCAGCCAGCGUGAAUCAUUCCAUGCAACCAACGCCGCCCUGGCCGCCAGCAGCAGCAGCAUUAGCAACAACCACAGCCACGAGGAGCAUGUGGCCACCAACCAUGUGGCAAGCCAUGUCAAGCACUCUGCGGCGGGACAACGCCUAGUCCAAACGAACAGCGCCUGUCUGAACAACUUCCUAUUCCCCGUGCUGAGCGACAUCCAGCGAAAGUACUCCGGCGGAGGAUCUGGUGGCGGAGGAGGAUCUGGUGGCGGCGGACGCAACCUGGGCGUGGGCAGCGACAUUGGCGACCUGAAGUCCGUGUUCGAGCUGGCCGAGCGCUCCAGUCCCGGCGUGAGUGACCUGUUUAUGAAGGAGCUGAUCCACAUGCUCGUUCCGGGCUAUUCGGAGACGCGCAUCAAUACGAUCAUGGACCGCGCCAUACGUAACCGCAAGUAGCUGACGAAGACGUAGCCAAUUCCGAUUCCAAGCAACCUACUUUACUAUAUACACACAACAAUAUUAACGAGAACGAGACAAAACAAACUGAAACGCUGGAGCGAAACAGAUUCCGACAUUUAGUGGCCAACGGAGGAGCGGGAGCGAUGUACAUGUAUUUCAAUUGAACAGUUAUUUAAGCAUACAAUAUGUAUUCGUUUGUUUAUCUGCAAUAUUAAUCUAAUGUAAAACAUAUAUAACUUCAGAAUAAAAACCCCACAAAAAUCA